GGAUAGUGUUUUUCGUUCUUUGUUGAAGCGGGUCGGCCGUGGGAUUGGGAUCGGGAGGGGGUUCCCACCCUCGCCCCCUGGGGCAGGGAGCCAGGGACGGAUUAUUCUCUGCGGGGCGACGACAACAGUUUCCUUUCGGGAGGGUCAAUGAAUGUGAAAGCUGAUAUAAAGAACACUACCGAUGAUUCAGAAACCUCGCUACCAAUUACAGUUGAUGCUCUGCUUGCUCAGAAAUGCAGCUCCCUGCACCUGAACAGGCGAGGGAGGUUUGAGCUGAAACUCUUAUCCACGCCGGGCAGUCUUUCUUACACAGAGGGCGGAGCUCAGAUCCUCCCUGAACCCGGGCUGGAUCAAAUCUGCAGCCUGGGACUCGCUGCAUCAAACAGAGAAACUCGGCCCCACUGGUUGCGAUGAAAGAAAAAGGAGAGAUCCACACGGAAACCCGGACAGAAAGGGUUGCUACAUUGACCCCACUCCCGCCUCCUCCCGCUGUCAGACCCGUCCUGAGCCGGUGAGAGUUAGUGUGACCCGGACUGCGGCAGUCCCGCUCUACCCCGGCUCACCCGGCCCUGUCCAUCUGUAACGAGCGGCGGACACAUCACAGCCGAGUGGCCUCGGGAGCAGCAGCUCAGACUCAACUCUCCGUACAGGGUGAGCACACCGGUGCAGGGCCAUUGUUGGUCACCGGGGAAGUUAGACUGUGAUUUGCUGGGACCACGCUGAACGCCGGCCGGUUAAACAUCAGAGAGUCAGAAUAAUGAAAACCCCAUCCCCACCAUGGCUGAAGGUGUGAAUAUGGAUGGAGAUCCAGUGGGCUCCAAAGCAGGAAAGGACACAGAUCCCAAAUCGACGAUCUCAGAUCUCCUGACACGGUGUGAAGAUUAUCAACUGCUCCACCUGACAACUUUCUACCGGGAGAGACUAAAACUUGCGAUUGAAGAACGGGUAGAAGGACUCAGCUGGAUGAUGAGAAAGGAGGGACAAUUCAGUGAAUGGGAAUACGAGGAAGUCACUGAGCUCGUGCAGAGGAGAAACCGAACUGAGAGUUCCAAACUCUUCUUCAGUCUGGUGAUAGAGAAAGACACCCAGGCCCAGAGGGUGAUGUGGGUAUCCUUUGUGGAAAUGAGGAAGGAGUUACCAAAGUUGGACAAGAUACUGAAGGAAAUCCAGGAACUCGGUCCUGAUCCAUAUGAGCACAUGAAUCUCACCCGAAGCUUUUGUGAGUUAUCCACGCACCUGAAAGAUGUUCAAGAGAAACACAAGGAGACUCUGCGGGCACAAACUAAAACGCUGAGAGUGAACACGAUCCUGAUGAGGGAGAAGGUGAAGGUUUUCCAGCUGGUUGAUCGAUACGCUGAGCUCACGAUCAUUUCUAAUGUUCGGGAUUGGAGACUGGUGGAACAUGAGCUGCUGGCAAGAGGCAGAGACCAUGAAAAAUGGAGAAAGAAACAUCUCCAAGCAGAGCUGGAAAAAGUCCGGACUCAUCAGUUUUUCGACAGCAGCUUUUCCAGGAGUAAAUCCAAAUUUGGGAGCUCGGCAGCAGUGGCCGGAUUACCAGGGAUUGGGAAAACAACAAUGGUACAGAAGAUUGUAUAUGACUGGGCCACGGGGAAAAUAUACCAACAAUUCCAGUUUGUCUUCAGUUUCAAAUUCCGGGAUUUAAAUGCCUUUAACUGUAGAAUAAACCUGAGGGAACUGAUUCUGGAUCAAUAUCCUUACUUUGAAAAAUUAUUGAGAGAAGUCUGGAAGAACCCACAGGGAUUGCUGUUUAUAUUUGAUGGUUUAGAUGAAUUCAAACACAAAAUCGAUUUUGCUGACAGUCGGAGAGAUACAGAACCCAAACAUCAGUGCCCAGAUUCCGAGUGGUGGUGUGAAGUGUCUGACAUUGUGUACAGUUUAAUCCAGGGCAAGCUGCUCCCAGGGUGCUCAGUGCUGGUGACCACCCGCCCCACUGCGUUACAUUUAUUGGAAAAGGCUGAGAUCAGUGUCCGGGCUGAAAUCCUGGGAUUCUCUGGUGAGGAACGUAAGGAAUAUUUCAUCAGGUAUUUUGAAGAUCAGAGGGUCGCGGCAGCUGUUUUCAAACACGUGGAGGAGAACGAGAUCCUGUACACCAUGAGCUACAACCCCUCCUACUGCUGGAUCCUCGCUCUGGCACUGGGUCCCUUCUUCACACAAAGAGUCAGGGACCCGCAGCGAGUUCCCAAGACCAUCACCCAACUGUACUCCUACUAUAUUUACAACAUCCUGAAAAACCACGGCCGUGAGAUUGAGAAACCCCGUGAUGUGUUACUCAGGGUUGGUCAGAUGGCCUUCAGAGGAGUGUCCGAAAGGAAGAUUGUGUUUACAGAUGGAGAUUUGAUCAACUACAAUCUGCAGCCUUCCCAGUUCCUGUCUGGGUUCCUGAUGGAGCUUUUGGAGAGAGAGGAUUCUUUCCGGAGUGUGCUGUACACAUUCCCACACCUCAGCGUACAAGAGUUUAUAGCUGCAGUCGCACAAUUCCUGAAUCCACAUCCCACGGAUAUCCUGAAAUUCCUCACUGAAGCCCACAACACGACAGAUGGGCGAUUUGAGGUAUACCUCCGCUUUGUUGCUGGUCUCUCCUCCCGAAUGACAGCUCGGGGCCUGGAGGAAUUUCUGGGUCCAUUUCCUCAUCAAACAACCUGCCGGGUGAUUGACUGGUUGAAGGAGGAGUUUAAACGGCAGAUUGGAAUGUCAUCGGGUGCAGCUGGUAAAAGGAGCCUCCUGAACACAUUGUACUACCUGUUUGAGUCUAAGAAUGGUGGACUGGUUCAGGAGACACUGGGAUCUGUGGAAACACUUUCAUUCAGUGGAAUGACACUGACCCCGAUUGACUGUGCUGUCCUGUCUCAUGUCAUCGGACUCUGUGAUUCAAUAAAACACCUCAACUUGGAAAACUGCCACAUUCAGUGUGAAGGAAUCCAGCGGCUGGGACCCGGGCUGCACAAGUGCCAGGAGUUGAGACUUGGGGAGAAUGAAAUGGGAGAUUCAGGAAUAAAACUGGUGUCUGCGGCUCUCAGGAACACGGAGUGUAAAAUACAGAAACUGGUGAUGGAGAGAGUCGGUCUCACAGAUUCUGGUGCCGAGGAUCUCAGCUCCGCUCUCUGUACAAAUUCAUCACUGAUGGAGCUGGACCUGGGUAUUAAUGAACUGGGAGAUUCAGGAGUGAAACUGGUGUCUGCGGCUCUGAGGAAACCGGAGUGUAAAAUACAGAAACUGGUACUGUAUGAUGUCGGUCUCACAGAUUCUGGUGCCGAGGAUCUCGUCUCUGCUCUCAGUACAAACCCAUCACUGACGGUGCUGAACCUGGGGUGGAACUCUCUGACAGGCCGAUCUGUCCCCGCUCUCCACCGCCUCAUACAGACCCACCCGAGUCUGAAGCUGAUCUGGCUGUACGGGAAUCAGUUCAAUGAGAGAGGUGAGAAGGAACUGAAUUUCUGCAAGAACCCAGACCUGGACUGACAGUGAUCCUGUGAAUAUCUGAAUGUGUGAACAUCCCCGCCCUCUGGAUGGGGACAUUUUGGCCGAUUUCCCACCUUCCAUCUUCUUUAAUGGCCGCACACCAGAUGCAAUUCUCAACGGUUUUAAUGGAAACGGCUCCAGUCUCCUGCUUGGUGACAUUGGAAGUGUCCCUGCAUUGACGUACUGCCCCUGCCGGAUGUGCGGUUUCGAGACUUCCCACAUGAGACUCCGGGAAUUACACAGAUAGAGAGAACCUGGAGGACAGAUCGCAGUCUGGGACACGGUGUCCCGGGGUGGGAUUAUCCCUGGAGAGACUCAUUUUGCUCCCUUUGCUGAGGACGGUGCAUUCGGCAGUCUGGCCGAUAUAAUGAUGUUAAAUUGACAAAUCCCUCGGCAGUGACCCUGGAUCUGCAGCGAUCCCGGACACGGCCCUGAAGUGUGAUUUUAUAAUCAUCGGUUCCCCGAUGCAGAGUGACGGUGAGAAACGGGACUGAUUAUUCAAACUGUCACUCGUCGCCGGUCAGUUAAUUGAAUGUGACUGCGUGAAUCGGGAGAAGCUUAUUUAUUCCCGCAUGUCAGCAGCUCACUCAUUGUUUAAUUUACAUUUGUCAUGAUGAAAUUAAUGAACUGCCGUAACUUCCUGUCUUGGUGUCAGACAAGUCUCAUUAGAGGAGAAACAGUGAUCUGGGUUUAAUGCUGUCCCCUGCACCUGGUAAACUGCAUUAAUGGGUCUGAGCUCCUCGUACUGGUACAGCAGCGCCUCAGCACCCCUGCCCGUUCACUCCCACCUUCCGCACUCCCAUUGGGACCCAGCCCUUCCCAUUCACUCACACCAUCUGCCUCCCAGAAGGACACGUCCAGUUCAUUUCCAAUGGGUAUGGGAUCCUGGAAACUGGCGGGACUGCCUGAAUUCCGAGUUUGACAGAACUCAGAGCUGCGUUUACAGAAUUUUGAGGAGAACUCCGAUGGGUUUAUUAGUCACACGGAAAGUCGAGGGUCCUGUGGAUGUUGACGACUUUGUAACACUGAUGAUACUCAGGACUGAAAUUGGUCUCCUGGGUGAAAGUAAUGGGCUGACUGAUAACGUGCACCAUGGGCGGAAUUAAGAUGGCCGUGGUCACCUUGUUUCUCAUGGCCGGCAGGGAGGGAGUGAUACACUGACAAGAGAGUAGGAGUGAUAGGCAGAGCUAAAAGGAGGGAGCGACGCCUUGGUUAAAAUGAGCGGCAGAGAAGGACGUUGACUUCAAAUGUUCGACGCCUCACUUGAAAUGGCCGCUGGGAGGGAGUGACUGAUUUGGUAGAAGUGAGCACAAGAGAGGGAGGGACGUGUUGAUUUAAGA